AUGUCGCAAUCGCAUUCUCAGGCGCAGCGCAAUACGAUGGCGCCCCCGGGCACGGCUUUCUUCCCGCCACAAGCAGUGCGCAAACCGGUUGUCGAUCUGACGUCGGACGACCCCCCUGUCGAGCGCGACCCUUUUGAGAGCGACUCGGAAUACAGGAGUAAUGUGCCGCUGAGCAAGGUCGAGAGGAGCUCGACGUCGAGAGUCGAGGAGACGCCGCAGAAGAAGAGCUUUGACCUCUCGGGAUACGCGUAUAAUGCUACUGCAGGCGCGGGCACAAAUCAGCGGAAACGCCCAUCGGCUGGAUUGGCGGCAUCGCCUGUCGCGAAGAAGCAGAAGGUGGGCGCGCCUCAGGGUGGGCCUUCGAGGGCGAUGCCCGUCGAUUUGACGCAGGACGAGGAGAUGACCCUGGAGGAUAUUGCGGAUCCGGAAUUCAGGAAGAAGGUUGUAAGGCUGGUGGCGAUAUAUCCCAAUCUGAGCGUUAAGAAGCGGUUCGACGCCUUGAUGAAGAUGAAGGGCCACUGGAACGAUACGUGUGAUUAUCUCGCAGCCGAGGAUUCCGAGGAUGAGCUGCUCAAGUCGCCGCAGUGGGGUGGUGUGCAGGGCGGCGCGGCGAAGAAGAAUACUGCGCAGCGCACGCUGAAGCAGCCGGUUAAGAAUCUUCUCGACAAGUAUAGCAAGUUGCCGCCUUCUCAGGUCGUUCCAGCUGCGGCCAGCCCGGAGGUUGAGCAGCCGAAGCAAAAACGACGACUCAUUCGAGGCCGCAAGAAUCGCUCGCCUUCGCCUGAAGUAUCGCCCGUACGACCAAAGCCGCAAGUGCAGAAGCGACCGCAAGUUAUAGAAUCGGAUGAGGAUCUGAACGAAGGCAUUGUUGAGAUCUCGGACGAUGAUUCGGCGCAUGGAUCGGACGUUGUGGAGCACGCUUUCUCUGAGGCGUCACUUUUGGGAUUCUUCAACGACUCGUCUAUUGCGGAAAUGGUCGAUCUGUCGGGCCACAAAGAGGAGGAGAUCCGGGAGCUUUUCCAGCACCGGCCGUUCAAGUCACUUGAUGCGGUCCGCAAGCUACAUGUGGACUUGAACCAGUCACAAGAGAAGACCAAGAAGAAAGCCCGGAAGCCUCGCAUCACCUUUGGCCAACGACUCGUCGACGCCGCUGAGAACAUGUGGGAUGCCUACUCGACUAUUGAUUCGGUCGUGAAGAAGUGUGAGAACCUUGGAAAGCCUAUGGUUGCGGGCAUGGCGAAGUGGGGCAUCAACAUCUUUGGAGCUUCUACUGAAGAAGGUGUUGAAGUGACGAGCCUGGACGACAACAGCGAUGCUAGCUCGAGUCGCGACUCUGGAUACCAUACUCCUCAUAGCGAUGCUGGAGCGAGCGAAGUUCGCAAGCCUGGUCGUGGGAAGCUUCUGAAGCAGCCAUCGAUCAUGAACGAGGGCAUCGAGCUCAAGGACUACCAAGUGGUGGGUCUGAACUGGCUCAACAUGCUCUGGGAGAACAAGAUUUCUGGCAUUCUCGCAGACGACAUGGGUCUCGGAAAGACAUGUCAAGUUAUCGCCUUCCUCUCGCAUCUGAAGCAAACGAGCCCAGGUGGCAAGCCGACUUUAAUCGUUGUGCCUGGCUCAACACUUGAAAAUUGGUGUCGAGAGUUCCAGCGUUUCUCUGAGACGAUCAACUUCACGCCGUACUAUGGACCGCAGGCACAGCGCUUCGAGUACCAGGAGACGAUUCUCGAGAAUAUCCGCCAGGGCGAGUGCGAUGUCAUCAUCACCACAUACGACUUGACCUUCCGCAACCCGGAUAAUCACUUCUUGCGCAAGUGUAAGCCAAAGAUUUGCAUCUACGACGAAGGCCAUGUCUUGAAGAACGCGCAGACGACGCGGUACAAGAGCUUGAUGAAGAUUGACACUGACAUUCGUAUUCUCUUGACUGGUACGCCUCUGCAGAACAGUUUGCAGGAGUUGAUGUCCAUCUUAGGAUUCCUUAUGCCUGAGGUGUUCUACGGUAAGGACAGCGAUGUUCCUGACAUGCUCGAGAUCCUGUUCAAGCACAAGGCCAAGGUUGUAGAGACGGACUCGCAUAGCACUCUGUUGUCUGCGCAGCGUAUCCAGCGUGCUCGGACAAUGUUGACGCCCUUCAUUCUCCGACGAAAGAAGGCUCAGGUUCUGAAGCAUUUGCCGAAGAAGACGUCGCGCGUAGAGUACUGUGAUCUUACCAAGACACAGACUGAGUUGUACACCCAGCAGACUGAGAAGCAUGCGCGCAUCUUGCGAGACCGCGCUGCAGGCCUUCCCGUCAAGGACCAUGCCAAUGUUAUGAUGAAGCUACGACAGGCCGCCAUCCACCCUCUCCUCUUCCGCCACCGCUACACCGACGAUAAGAUCCGCAAGAUCUCCAAAGCCUGCAUCAAAGAAGAAUACUUCGCCGCGAGCGACCCGGCCACCAUCUUCGAAGAACUGCAACUCUACCAAGACUACCAAUGCCACCAACUCGCCCUCAAAUGGCCCAAAACGCUCAAGAAAUUCGAGCUCCAGAACCACGAAUGGAUGGACUCGGGCAAAGUCACCGCUCUCUUCGCCUUACUCAAGCAAUACAAAGCCAACGGCGACCGCGCCCUCGUCUUCUCGCAGUUUACAUCCGUCAUGGAUAUUCUGAGCUGGGUGUUUGACGAGCACGCCAUCGACUUCAUGCGCAUGGACGGCAGCACGCCGAUUGCAGAGCGCCAGUCCCUCAUGGACGCCUUCUACGCCGACGAAUCCAUCGGCGUCUUCAUGAUCAGCACGAAAUCCGGCGGCGCGGGGAUCAACCUCGCGUGCGCGAACAAGGUCGUCAUCUUUGACUCGUCGUUCAAUCCUCAAGAUGAUGUCCAAGCGGAGAAUCGCGCGCAUCGCGUCGGGCAGACGAGGGAGGUCGAGGUCGUUCGGCUGGUUACGAGGGGCACCGUCGAGGAGCAGAUUUAUGCGCUCGGCGUGAGUAAGUUGGAACUGGACAAGAUGGUGCAGGGCGAGGAGGAGGAGGGCAAGGGGGGGAAGAAGAAGGGGGAGACGCUGAGCAAGGCGGAAGAGGCCGGGAUUGAGGCGGUCGAGAUGAUGAUGCUUAAGCAGCUCGAGGGGAAGGAGGAGAAGAAAGAAGAGGGGGGGAAGGAGGAUGUGAAGGACCUUUUCAAGGAUGGGUUGAAGAAGGCUGGGGUGAACAUCGCGGAGUAG